AUAAUACGGUCCACUGUAAUAGCAUAGAGAAUAAAAAUAAUUUAAUAUACAUACAUUAAAUAUAGGAGAUAUCUGUGCACCCAACCCAACUAUCGAGAGGCGUGAUUUUAUUAAGUGAUUUGUCAUUUAUAUUAUUACAGAAACCUAGAAAUGGAAGGAGUUGUUGAGGUCAAUGAGAUUUCGGAUUUUGUCUCCUACAUAAAAAGUAUUGAAUGGCGUGAUCCUUGGCUCAUAGCACUAUUAUCAUUCCAUGUGUUAGUCACAUUCACCUGCUUUUCUACACGAAAUUAUGGAAAUUUUCAGAUUAUCCUCUUUAUCACACUAUUGUUACUGGUAUACUUUUCUGAAAGCAUUAAUGAAGUAGCUGCAAGAAAUUGGACAUUAUUUUCAAGACAACAAUACUUUGACAGCAAGGGUCUUUUUAUAUCAGUUGUAUUCUGUAUACCUAUAUUAUUAAACUGCAUGAUUAUGGUGGGCUCAUGGCUUUACCAAUCAACACAAAUUAUGACGAAUCUUAAGAAAGCACAACUCCGUCAGAGGCUUAAAGAGCUAAACAUGAACAGAGGAAAGAUAACAAAGUCGGAUUAGGUACCAGUCAUUGAGGUGGGAAUUG